AUGCUCUUGGAAGGCGAUAUGUUUGGGGAGAACGAUAUAACGGAAGAUGAUUUCAACUUCUUUGACGAGGAUGAACCUGACAACUUGGACCUUACCAUGACUGGAUUUGACCAAGUGGAUGACUCCAACGUCAGCUCCGGAAAGCAGCAGAGUGAUAUAAAACUUCAAAGAGAGCCACAAGCCAAGCCGGCACCGGUACCGGCACCGGCACCGGCACCAGCACCAGCACCAGCACCAGCACCAGCACCCAAUCAAGAUUCGGAAGGGUUCAUGAAACCGGAGCUAAAGCACGCCAGGAGCCUUUUGAAUGACACCCAUCAGGGAUCAACGGCGGAGAGUGACAAGGGCCCUGUGAAGAGGGCACCUAGCCCCUUCAAUCCUGAGACGGUUUUCAAGAGAGUUCAAGGUUCUAUGAGCAUCCCUGAAAGAAACCAUGCCCAGGCUUCGGAGAGGAAGGCCAAUGUGUUUGAGCAAAUCCAGUUCGGGCCUACCUUGCCACUGAUUAACCAAAAGUAUGAGAAGGGCGGGUUCUUUGCCUUUGAUCAAAAUGCCCUGGCGGAUCAGAGAGUCGCACAGCAGCGCGGCUCUCUCCCAGAGACCAACUACCUGAGGCGCCAUAGCAAGCAUAACAAGAAGACCAGGGAGAAUCCUCCACCGUUGUCUGGUACCCUUGGGAGGAAAGUUACGGCUCUCGAUACUGCCAUGUCGCACUCCAGCCCCGUACGUGCCGUGGGGUCUCCCUCAGAUGAUGGUAGGAGCAGCAUCGAGUCUGACGAAGAUGACUCAAGCUACACUUCAGAUGACGUGACAUCACCCAUGAAGUUAAGUUUCAAGCGAACAGCAACAAACAUGGACGAAGAUGUCGCGUCACAGGCCACCGCCUCGUACAGGGAUGCAGAUGCUGUGGUAGAAGAACCUGACCACCAGCUCGCGAUAGAGUUACCGCGCCUGUGCAAGCCCGAGUCGCCGGAGAUCCAGCUGUCCAAGCUCCUGCUGGAUCCGGAGCCCCUAACGCUGCAGAUACCUUGUACUGAUGAGGACAUGGUUUCUACCGCCCAGAUUGUCACGGAACAAGCAGCUACGGGGUCACUCAAAGUCGGCGAUGGUCAAGAGGAUGAGGGCCAUUUAGUGGCGAAGAACACGCGUCAAUCACUAGCAGCAAAUGCGCGAGCUUCCUUGGAUAUCUUGCGGAGGGCCAUGUCACCAUCGCUGGAAAAGUUGGCGACCACGCGACUUAAAGGCUUCCUCGAAGUCCUAGACGCACCACUUAUGGGCCAGUCUGUCCGCCUGCAACCCCGUCCCAUCCCAGGACGUGACCCCAAUGCAGAGCAGCUAAGGCCAAGCAACCUCUACCCGAUACCCAGUCACCAUCUCGAGGUGCGCCGUGGAGAAUCGAAGCUCUCGGUGCUGCCAACAGCGGUAUCAUUCUGGGAGAAUCUGGGACUGGGUCCAGCCUCGGGGAUCAAGGACGUGCAAGCUCUCUGCAUAUUCCCCGGCUGGGAUGGUAUGAGGGACAGUGCCGCAACAUUCCUGGACAGGAUGAAGAGCGUCUACGAGCUCCUACAUCUAGGCAAUCUCGAUAGAUUGGCACUGCCCAGCGAGCUGGAGCCCGGGCUGGCCCCGUAUGAAGUCGACGCAAUGUCGACCUCGCCCGACGCCAGUGUGACUGGACACGGGUCUACUCUGGUUGAAAGCCUGGAGGUGCUCCAAAAUGCCAUAGCCUCCACAUCAACUACCACGGCCAACAUUGUAGUGUUCAUGGUCUACAACCCAAACCGCCCCGAGACCAUAAUCGAAGCGUGUCUUGCAUUCCAGCGCUUUGUCGAGUCGCAAUGGAAGCCGAGGGUCAAGAAGGUGCAGAUGCAGGGGGAGCUGAUACUUCAACUUGUCUCGGCCGAUUUGAUAUCGUCACCGGCAGGGCUGGUGGUGACUCCCUCGUCAGAGUUGGUGAAGCUCUGCCUCGAGACGUACGAUCGAUGCACGUCCUUCUCGGGCUCGAUACCGGCACCGGCCAUUAUUCUGGAGCAGGCGCUGCCGCGCAUUAUCGACUUCAAGCUCACAGGCACGCCUUCGCCGUCCCUCAUGCAGGAGAACUCGUCCAUCCACGUGGCGUACGCGCAAAGCGUGGACGACAGAUGGGUGUCGGCGGCGUGGACCGAUGACCGCGGGUGCCAGCAAGCAACAGCGUCUUACUGCCGCGGCAGAAAGGGACGGCAGCUGACGACGCACAUGCAUGAGGUGGCGCACGAGAUAUGGGAAAGCACACUAGAAAUCAUCUCACACUGCAAGGUGCACUGGCGUAUCGUCAUCACCAAGUCUGGUAUCAUGGAGCCCAACGAGAUUGAGUUCUGGGCGGACCUCGCCCGCACCGAGAGCAAGGCCAACAUUUCCAUGGUACUCAUGACGGUGGAUACGUCUCCCUCCCUACAGCUACUGCCACCCGCCGUGCAGGUCAAGCCUUCUACGGUCAACAAUAUCACAUUUCCGACAGCAUCACCCGUCUCGACGCCGCAGGCAGCGAGCAUCCUCUCACCAGAGCAGCAGCAGAGCGGCAAUACACCAGCCACGCCUACCGCUGCAACAAUGACACCUGGCGGCCCAGCAUCAGCAGGGGCCGACCCCACUGCGGACGCGGCAGCAGCGGCCUCAGACGCCGACGCCAUCCUCAUGGACCUCACGGAGCAGACUUGGGGUGCCGUCGUGGGCCACCGACUCAGCAACUCAUCCACUCCACUGGAGCUGCAGCCCGCCCUGGUAUCAGGGUACCUCAUCAAGAGGACUGGCGCGAGUGUCGAAGACCCCCCUGUCAGCAUGGAGGUGAACCUCGUGCACACGGAGCUCACGGCCCGCGCAUACGAGCCCCUCCUCAGGGAGAUGCUCAGCAAUUUUAGAGGUCUAGGAACGCUGGCAAGGGCGAGGGGCGUCGUGGACAAGGAGUCGGAUGUCAGGCCUUGGCAUGUGGCUGCCGCGGAGAAGGCUGUGCGAGCUCUGCAUAUGCUCAUGUAG